AUGGGACUCUACGGCCGCGCCGCCGCGCUGGCCUGCGGGGCGGCCGGCGCGGUCCUGGCGGCGGCCGCAGAGGGGCCAGGGCGCGCGGAGGGCGGCGCGGCAGAUGCCGCGUCGGCGGUCGUCGCCGCGGGCGUCUUGCCGGCCCUCGAGUCCCUCUUCCGCCGCGUCCCAGCCGCCGCCCCCGCGCACGCGGCCGCCGCCGAGCUGCUCGCCGCGCUGCUGCCACCCUACGUCUCUUCGCUCAGCCGCGGGCCCGCGCCGGCUGAGGGGGACGCGCCGCCGCCGGGGGCGCGCGCGGUGGCGUCGGUGCUGACGACGCUCAAGAAGUUCCUGACGCGCUGCUGCAGCCUGCCGGACCCGGAUGUAGACCUGGCCGGCGCAGUCGGAGUCCACGCGUGUGCGCUGCUGUCGCGGCUGCUCGACGCGGCGGCCGGCGGCGGCGCAGCGGGCGCGGGGCCGCUCGCGGCGUUCGCGGCGGCGCAGCUGCUGCCGGGCACGCAGGCCCUGGCAACCACCUUCCUCAAAUCGGGCAAGGCCGCGCAUCCCCUGCCGGCCGCCGCCGCCGCGGCGCUCGCCCAGGCGCUCGUGCUGCACGCCCGCGCCCCCGCCCUCGGCCUGAUGCCCGUCGCGCUCGCCCACGGCGGCCUCGGCUUCUGCGCGGCCGCCGCCGCGGCGGCCGCGGCGGCGCCUGGACCCGCGGGCGCGGCGCCGGAGGCGCCUUUGGCCGGUGCCCUCCUGUCCGUGGCCGAGGAAUUGAUGGAUAGCCGGCUGCCUCUUGAGUUGCAGCGGCUGCUGGACCGCAUGCAGCGGCGGCUGGACGGCGAAGAGGGGGCGGGCGCUGCGCUGGACUCGCUGUCGCUGGGCGGGGCGAGCCCGAGGAGCUUUGUCGGGUCGGCCGGCAGCGGCGGCGGCGCGGCCGCCGCGAUGCGCUUCGGCAAGGCACAACAAACGGCCACUCCCCGCAAAUGA